AUGGCUCUCAAUCUCCCAUCUAUGGGUGGGAGCGGAGGUGCUCAUACCCAGCCCUCUUUACCCUCUUUACCUACCCAUCUCCAGUCCGAUACUCACUUGACAGCACAUCUUGCCAGUCGUUUUCACGUAUCUAUCCCGACGGCUCGUUUAUCCUCGCAUGCCCUCAUCUCUCUAAAUACGUAUACCACGUCGACAAAGGGUCUCGAUGGAGGCAAGGAAGGAAGCGCCAUGGCUGGCGCUGAAGAUAUGGCCGACAGGGCCUUUCUUAGAUUGGGACAUCGAACAGAAAACCAGGCGGUUUUGUUCCUGGGUGAAUCUGGCUCCGGGAAAACCACCAUUCGAUCACACCUCUUAACCUCGCUCUUGAACAAGUCUUCCACGCCGCUAUCUAGUAAAAUUUCACUGGCCGCUUAUGUUUUUGAUACCCUCACAACGACGAAAACAGCGACGACCCCGACAGCUUCUAAGGCCGGUCUCUUCUACGAGCUUCAAUAUGAUACCGCCUCAAGCACCAACCCCCUUUUACUUGGUGCCAAGCUAUUAGACCAUCGUCUAGAAAGGAGUAGGAUUACCGAUGUACCUACGGGAGAGCGUAACUUCCACGUGUUGUACUAUCUUCUUGCCGGGACGAGCGAGGCUGAAAAAACUCAUCUUGGUAUUGACACUCCUAGAGAUACGGCUGGACAUAGACGCUGGAAGUAUCUCGGUCACCCUACACAGCUUAAGGUAGGAAUCAACGAUGCCGACGGAUUCCAGCUCUUCAAGACAGCUCUACGAAGAUUAGAAUUUCCCAGAGGUGAAAUUGCCGAAGUCUGUCAAAUCCUGGCCUGUAUCUUGCAUAUUGGACAGCUAGAGUUCGAGACAACUGCGAAUACCACGGCUACUGGAGACGAUAGCGGUGGUUUCUCUCAUGAAGGUGGUCAGAACAUCACCGCCGCGCGAAACAAGGAUGUACUAGGUAUAAUCGCUGCCUUCCUAGGUGUUAGUUCGCAAGACCUUCAAAACACUAUGGGGUACAAAACUAAGAUGAUCCAUCGCGAACGCGUAACGGUUAUGUUAGACCCUAAGGGUGCCCGUGCCAAUGCCGAUGAAUUGGCUAGGACUUUGUAUUCUCUCCUGGUCGCUUAUGUCAUUGAGAACAUCAACCAGAAGAUAUGCGCUGCUGAAGAGUCUAUCGCGAACACCAUUAGCAUCAUUGAUUUCCCCGGCUUCUCUCAGCAGUCUUCGACUGGAUCCGCCCUCGACCAACUCCUCAACAACGCUGCGGUUGAAUCGCUUUACAACCUGACUCUUCAAAACUUCUUCGAUCGCAAGGCAGAUAUGUUAGACACUGAAGAGGUCGUAGUCCCCGCUACAAGCUAUUUCGAUAACUCGGAUGCUGUUAAGGGACUUCUCAAGCCUGGAAAUGGCCUACUCAGCAUAUUGGACGACCAAACUCGACGACAUCGUACAGAUAUGCAACUUCUUGAAAGCUUGAGGCGGCGAUUCGAGGGUAAGAAUCCAGCAAUCAACGUGGGCUCCGCAACGGCUAGGCUACCUGGAAGCAACUUCCUUUCAGAAAAUACCGCAGCGGCCUUCACAGUCAAACACUUUGCUGGUGAAGUUGACUACCCAAUUAAAGGGCUAGUCGAGGAGAACGGCGAAGUCAUAUCCAGUGAUGUGAUGAAUUUGAUUAAGUCGAGUAAGAGCGAAUUUGUUACUCGUCUUUUCGGUCAAGAAGCUCUCCAGACCGUUAUGCAUCCUCAAGAGAAGACCACGGUUAUGCAAGCGUCGGUCAGCUCUAAGCCCAUGCGUGCCCCAAGUGUCAUGUCGAGGAAGACAACGCGAACCAUGGGAUCCCGGAGGCCCCGCCGACAGGAAUCCCCUGAAGACCUCGUAAGCGAAGCCGGAGAUCACAAAGGGGAACCUAGAAAAUCCAGCAUACAUAACUCCGGGCAAGGAGCAUCUGGCCAAUUUUUAUCCUCCCUUGAAAAUGUAAAGCAGGCAAUCACGGCGACAAACACCAACGUCUAUUUUGUAUUCUGCCUGAAGCCCAACGAUAGACGAAUUGCGAACCAAUUUGAUAGCAAAUGUGUCCGCAUGCAAGUGCAGACGUUUGGUAUCGCCGAAAUAAGCCAGCGACUAAGAUCGGCCGACUUCAGUUUAUUCUUACCGUUUGGUGAGUUUCUGGGUCUUGCCGAUGCUGAGACGAUCCUCGUUGGCAGCGAACGCGAGAAAGUUGAAGCCGUCGUCCAAAAUAAGCAAUGGCCCAAUAAUGAAGUUCAGAUUGGUUCUACGGGUGUGUUCUUGAGUGAGCGCUGCUGGAUGGAGGUUGCGCAAUUAGGCGAUGGCUCCUCAGCCGUGAACCGGUUCGCAUCCGAGGCUGGGGAUGGAUCAAGCCCUGGCGAGUUGCCUUUUGGAGCCUCGAAAGAGGGAUUAGUCGCCAGCAACGCUCAGCCGUAUACUGACAAGCCUCGGGGUGGUUUUUACGGCAGUGGAGGAGAUAUAGAUGCGCGUUCCGAAGCUGGGGUUUCUGCCUUUGGAGCCGGUGACAUGUUCAAGAAUUUGGACACUAGAGAACAAAUGGCUGAGCGUGGAAACGAGAAAUCACUCGUGGAAGUCGAGGAAUACAAGGACAGUCCCAGUCGAAAACGAUGGGUCUUCCUUGUGAUGUUCUUAACUUGGUUCAUCCCCGACUUCCUCAUCCGCUGGAUGGGUCGGAUGCCUCGCAAAGAUGUUCGGCAAGCUUGGCGUGAAAAGGUGGCUAUCAACAUGAUGAUCUGGUUCAGCUGUUUGGUUGCCGCCUUUUUCAUCAUACUCUUCCCUCAACUUGUUUGUCCCAAGCAAUAUGUUUACAGCUCCGAAGAACUUACAUCCUAUAACGGUAAAGACGGGGCCGAGUCUUACGCGGCAAUCCGUGGUCAAGUCUUCGACAUUGGCAGUUAUGCCCCAAGCCAUUACCCACCAUAUCUUCCUUCCAAGUCCUUGACGCAGUAUGCCGGGCUCGAUAUCACAUCUUUGUUCCCUGUCCAAGUAUCGGCUCUUUGCCGGGGCAAGGAUGGCACAGUCAACCCUGCAGUAACACUGGACUAUAAAUCGACAAACGUUAGUGGCUCGGCAAAUGUCAUCAAUAGUCAAGAUUUGAAUGCUCAUUACCACGAUUUCCGAUCCUUCACCUCUCUGCCCCAACCUUUCUGGUUCUAUGAAAGGAUGCAAAAGAUGAAGCCCUGGAAGAAGGGUACGAUUGGUUUCUCUCCAGAGUAUGUUGCAACUCUCGGAGGCAAGCAAAAUUCAAUUGCUAUACUGAAUGGUCGUGUGUACGACCUAACAAAGUAUCUCGUGGGCGGUCGACACGUCGUGGUUAGAGAAGGCGAAGAUCUUCCAACCGAUCCUACAAUUGUGGAUUUUAUGGACGAUACUGUUGUCGAUCUCUUCCAGCAAAUGAAGGGUAACGACGUUACCAAGCAAUGGAAUUCCCUUGAUAUCGACGCAGGUCUCCGCAGCCGCAUGCAACUAUGUCUCGAUAAUCUCUUCUACGUCGGCGAUGUUGAUACGCGAAAUUCCACUAGAUGCCAGUUCGCCAAUUACCUUGUUCUUGCUGUCUCUAUCCUACUCUGUGCCAUCAUUGGCUUCAAGUUCCUCGCUGCCCUUCAAUUCGGAGGCAAAAAUAUACCGGAGAAUUUAGAUAAGUUCGUUAUGUGUCAAAUCCCCGCAUAUACCGAAGACGAAGAUUCUUUGCGUCGCGCUAUUGACUCGGCUGCCCGUAUGCGAUAUGAUGACAAACGCAAAUUGCUUGUCGUUAUCUGCGAUGGUAUGAUUAUCGGCCAAGGUAACGAUAGGCCAACCCCUCGUAUCGUCCUCGAUAUUCUCGGCGUUUCUGAGACAGUUGAUCCCGAACCGCUCAGCUUCGAAUCUCUCGGUGAAGGUCUCAAGCAACACAACAUGGGCAAAGUGUACUCUGGUCUUUAUGAGGUUCAGGGUCAUAUUGUUCCCUUCUUAGUCGUCGUCAAAAUUGGUAAGCCAUCAGAGGUUUCCCGUCCCGGAAAUCGUGGUAAGCGAGAUUCGCAGAUGGUCAUGAUGCGUUUCCUCAACCGCGUUCACUACAACCUGCCUAUGAGCCCUCUAGAACUAGAGAUGUAUCAUCAAAUCAGGAACAUCAUUGGUGUUAAUCCAACAUUCUACGAGUUUAUGUUUCAGAUCGAUGCCGAUACAGUAGUUGCGCCCGACUCGGCGACGCGCAUGGUUUCCUCAUUCCUAGAUGAUACACGACUUAUCGCUGUCUGUGGCGAAACAGCCCUAACCAACGCAAAGUCCUCAUUUAUCACUAUGAUCCAGGUCUACGAGUACUACAUAUCGCAUAACUUGAUCAAGGCUUUCGAAAGCCUGUUCGGCAGUGUAACUUGUUUGCCCGGUUGUUUCUCUAUGUAUCGUAUCCGAGCCGCCGAGUCUGGCAAGCCACUCUUUGUCAGUCGCGAGGUCGUUGAAGAUUACGCAACAAUUCGUGUCGAUACCCUGCAUAUGAAGAACUUGCUUCAUUUGGGUGAAGAUCGUUAUCUAACAACUCUACUCCUCAAGUAUCACUCAACGUAUAAGACCAAGUAUAUCUUCAGUGCUCACGCGUGGACAAUCGCACCGGACUCCUGGCAAGUUUUCCUGUCACAGCGUCGUCGUUGGAUCAACUCAACAGUACAUAACUUGGUGGAACUCAUUCCUAUGGCACAACUCUGCGGUUUCUGCUGCUUCAGUAUGCGAUUUGUCGUGUUUGUCGAUCUAUUGUCGACGGUCGUCCAGCCUGUGGUUAUAGCAUACAUCGUGUACCUCAUCGUUCUAGUGAGUACUUCGAAGAGUGUUAUACCGAUAACGGCCUUCAUCAUGCUUGGCGCUAUAUACGGUCUCCAGGCAAUCAUCUUUAUCCUACGUCGCAAGUGGGAAAUGAUCGGAUGGAUGCUUAUGUACAUAGUGGCUGUUCCGGUCUUCUCAUUUGGUCUGCCUUUAUAUGCCUUCUGGCAUAUGGAUGACUUCAAUUGGGGUAAUACUCGUGUUGUCGCCGGAGAAAAGGGCAAGAAAAUUGUCGUCACGGAUGAAGGCAAAUUUGAUCCCGCUUCGAUCCCACGUAAGCGGUGGGAAGAAUAUCAGGCUGAGCUAUGGGACGCUCAAACUAGCCGAGGGGAUGAUGUACAUUCCGAAGUCAGCGGUUUCAGUUACGCCACCAAGCAGGGAAUGAACGUCGGUGUAGCCGAGUACUAUGCUUCGUCUAGGCCUGGUUCCACUACUGGCAUGGUCCCUCCGUACGACUUGAAAAAUCCUAACCAUCUCAGUCGUAUGUCGUUCGCUCCAACUGAAAACCGAAUGAGUCAAUUUGGCGGUUCGCAGUUCUUGGGCACCCAGAUGCACGAUGUAGAGAUGGCCAACCUAGCAGGCAUGCCAAGCGAUGAUGCGCUGCUAGCAGAAAUACGGGACAUCUUGCGUACAGCAGAUCUCAUGACUGUAACUAAGAAGGGUAUUAAGCAGGAGUUAGAGAGGCGGUUUGGUGUUCCUCUUGAUUCCAAGCGAUUAUACAUCAAUAGCGCGACCGAGGCCUUGUUGACUGGCCAAUUAUAG